AGCGGCGCCGGCGAGGGGACCGGCCGAGCCCGGCGAGAGCGCGCCCAGCCCCGCCGCGAUGCCCGCGCGCCCAGGACGCCUCCUGCCCCGGCGCCUGCCCCUGGCCGCGCUGCUGCUGCUGCUCGGCGGCGCUGGCGGGCGCUGGGGCCUGCGCUGCGGGGCCCGGGCCCAGGAGCCCGGGGAGGCGGACGAGCCCCCCGCGGCCACCGAGCAGGACCCGCACGCCAAGCACCUGUACACGGCCGACAUGUUCGAGCACGGCAUCCGGAGCGCCGCGCACUUCGUCAUGUUCUUCGCGCCCUGGUGUGGCCACUGCCAACGGCUGCAGCCCGCGUGGAAUGUCCUGGGGGACAAGUACAACAGCAUGGAGGAUGCCAGAGUCUACGUGGCCAAGGUGGACUGCACAGCCGACUCGGAGGUGUGCUCCGCCCAGGGGGUUCGAGGAUACCCUACCUUAAAGUUUUUCAAACCUGGCCAAGAAGCUGUGAAGUAACAGGGUCCCCGGGACUUUGAGACCCUGGAAAAGUGGAUGCUGCAGAUGCUGAACGAGGAACCCACUACGCCAGCGCCAGAAGCGGAGCCUCCGCAAGACCCUGAGCCCAAGCAGGGGCUGUAUGAGCUCUCAGCCGGCAACUUGGAGCUGCACAUAGCACAAGGCAACCACUUUAUCAAGUUCUUCGCUCCAUGGUGUGGCCACUGCAAAGCCCUGGCUCCAGCCUGGGAGCAGCUGGCUCUGGGCCUCGAACAUUCCUAAGCCGUCAAGAUUGGCAAGGUUGAUUGCACGCAGCACUACGAACUGUGCUCGGGAAACCAGGUGCGCGGCUAUCCCACCCUUCUCUGGUUCAGAGACGGUAAAAAGAUCGAUCAGUACAAGGGGAAGAGGGACUUGGAGGCGCUGAGAGAGUACGUGGGAUCGCAGGUGCAGAGUACAGACGGGGGGACCCCGGAGACCGUCGAGCCCUCAGAGGCCCCCGCACAGGCUACUGAGCCUGCUGCUGACCAGAGCACAGUAUUGGCACUGACCGAGAGCAACUUCGACGACACUGUGGCAGAAGGAAUAACCUUCAUCAAGUUUUUUGCUCCCUGGUGUGGCCAUUGUAAGAACCUGGCUCCGACUUGGGAGGAACUCGUGAAAAAGGAAUUCCCUGGUUUGGCGGAGGUCAGGAUAGCUGAAGUAGACUGUACAGCCGAACGCGCUAUUUGCAGCAAAUACUCGGUAGGAGGCUAUCCCACGUUGCUGCUUUUCCGGGCGGGAAAAAAAGUCAGCGAGCACAGCGGCAGCAGAGACCUCGAAUCCUUACACCACUUUGUUUUGCGUCAGGCAAAAGAUGAACUGUAA